GUCUAUCCGCGGGGAACGUGAACAUGACGGGCCGCUCUGUGCGCGCUCUGUCCGGAGCCCUGAAGCCGCUGUUCAGCCACCGAUCACCGCAGGUUUAUGAGGCGACAGCCCACAAGUCCACCUACACUACCAUACCUCCACCUGCUCGUUAUGGAGGCAGGCACACUGUGACUCUAAUUCCUGGAGAUGGCAUCGGACCGGAGCUGGCCAAACAUGUGUGUGAGCUAUUCCGAUUCUGCUGCGUGCCCGUGGACUUUGAAGUUGUGAAUGUGGACUCGACUCAGACCUCAGCAGAUGAUAUCAGUAACGCCAUAAUGGCUAUCAGACGCAAUGGAGUCGCGCUGAAAGGAAACAUUGAGACCAACCACAACCUGCCGCCCUCCUACAGGUCCAGAAACAACCUCCUCCGUACCACUCUGGAUCUGUACGCCAACGUGAUGCACUGCCAGUCUCUGCCAGGAGUGAGGUCGCGCCACAGAAACAUCGACAUCAUGAUCAUCAGGGAAAACACAGAGGGAGAGUACAGCAGCCUGGAGCAUGAGAGUGUGCCGGGCGUCGUUGAAAGUCUGAAGAUCAUCACCAGGACCAAAUCCUUACGCAUCGCCGACUACGCCUUCAAGACAGCUCGAGAGAAAGGACGCAGACGAGUCACCGCUGUACACAAAGCUAACAUCAUGAAGUUGGGCGACGGCCUCUUUCUGGAGUGUUGCAAGGAGGUUGCCAGUGGUUACCCUGAAAUCACCUACGACAGCAUGAUUGUGGACAACACAACUAUGCAGCUGGUUUCCAGGCCUCAGCAGUUUGAUGUGAUGGUCAUGCCUAACCUGUAUGGCAACGUUGUGAGCAACGUGUGUGCUGGAUUGGUGGGUGGACCCGGGCUGGUGCCUGGAGCCAACUAUGGCGAGAACUACGCUCUGUUUGAGACGGGUACCAGGAACACCGGGAAGAGCAUCGCUAACAGCAACACCGCGAACCCCACGGCCAUGCUGCUGGCCUCCUGCCUGCUGCUGGAUCACCUGAAGCUCCAUGCGUACGCCAGCAUGAUCCGCAGAGCCAUCCUCUCCACGGUCACAGACACCAGGCUGCACACUGCUGAUCUGGGAGGUCAGGGCUCCACAUCUGAAGUCGUCCAGUCCAUUAUGGAUGCUGUUCAGCGCGCUGGACCUCGCACACAGAGUAGCUAGAAACCACACAGGAGGGAUGACUGUUGGACUGUACCUAUGCUCAGGAGCUCUGAGCUAUAAUAACCACAUAACAGGAAAUAUGUUUGAUUGGAAGCCUGGACUGAAGUUGUAAUGUGUGCUUUUAUUUCCUAUGAGGGUUCAGUGGCUUAAAAAGCCCUCUGUAUCAUGCAGAAAUAUAUAUUAGUAUAUUAGUAUUAGAUUUCUUGAAAUAUCUAUAUAGAUAUAGAUAGAAUCAUGGUAUUUACUUAAUGAAACAAAAAGUCCUACAGGUAUACACAAAUGCCUUGUUUUGCAGGUUUCCUAUAGGUAGACCAACUAGGAGUGCCUGGCUGGUCUGCCUGGAGUAUUAAAGAGCUGGUUCUCUCAGUCUUUGUUCGCCAUGGACACAGCUCCAUAUUAUUUUAGUUGGUUUCAGCCUGAUUAUUUUAGGUUUUAAACUAUGCAACAUCAUACACCAGGAAUUCAAACACUCAACCAACUGCUGACACACUGAUAACACCAGUAAAACUCAAAGCUAAUUAUGGUUUCUGCUUCUUUUGUGUAAUAAGUGGUUCAGUUUUGGUGCUGGCUGCAUCUUUCCAAUGAUUUGUCGUGGCGCGUGACAGUAAUUGUUCGUUUUGUAAACUUUUGUAGAGUUCUGGUAAUACAGAACAGCGC